AUACUAGUAACUAGUAACUGUGAACAUGAAUGUAGCCCUGAAACAUAGAUGUGGUAAAACAGUUUUAAAGUUGCAAAAGGUCAGAGGGUCACUGUUGGUAUAAGCCCGAGUCCAUUAGUGGAUUAUAGCCAUAACUACUGCGCAGCUCCUGAAUGUCCCUGGGAUUAGAGACACUCACAUUAUAGAGGCAGGGGGACACAGGGCAUGACGACUCUGUCAAUUUAACAAAAUCACAAGUGCAACAGGGCGCUUUGGGACUGCUGUGACUGAAAAACAUAGGACAGUAACAGUGGAUUUAUUCAAAAAGGUAAACAAUUUCAGUAAUAUAAUAACUUUUGGCAUCUUUGGAAGUGUCAUACAAUUCUCCUUUAUUUUAAUUUAAGUUGAUUCAUUAUUGUUAUAAUAAUAGUGUUUCUUGUCAUACUGUGGUUUUAGUUGGACCAGCACUGAUUGUAGGCAGUAUGGAAGUAGAUCUGGAGGGGAUUAUCCAGUGCAUCAAGAGCAGAGACAAAGCCAGCGUGCAGCUCUAUCUACAAGAGUUUAACAAAGAGUAUGCACAGUGCUUCUUUUUUGACAAGGAGGAAAGAAAUCGCAGGAAACAAAGGAGACUUGAAGAGUUUAAGAAGAAUAAAGUAAGGGAUUAUACAGAUUCAGACUCAGAUGGUGAAGAAUAUGAACAAGAAGACCGGGACCUCUUCCUCAGACAAAAUUUGGCCCUGGUGUUGGUUGGCUUCAUUCGAAAUGAAGUCAACUGCAGCCUCCUGACAGUGGCUCUUCGAAGCCUGAGGAUCUUGUCUCGGGACAAGAGAGUGCUGGCUCCUCUGGUGACUGACAGCGCCCUCCUGACUCUGGCCAGACUCGCUGGUCUGACCACAGGAGAGACCCAUGAGGAGCCUUCAGACCCAGACUCAACCUUCUACGACAACAUCAUCGUGUCCCUUGCCGAAGCCAAGGCCCAACACAGCCACUACCACCAUGACAGUGAUGACAUGGAAACUGUUGAGCAGACAGAGGAGUGCACAGAGGAGGAUGGCGGGAGCACGGGCAGUAGAGAUGUGGAAAGCAUGGAUGGGGUCAGCACUCCUCGGCCCAGUCUCACUCAGGCCUACGGGGGCAGCACCCAUCAAAAAGAGCUGGAGCGAGGCAGGAGGGAUCGGCGGGAGAGCAAGAUGGAGGGAGAGGGGGACACAGAGGAAGAGAGCGGCUCAACGGAGGAGGCUCAGAGGAAGGAGGCCAUGAAGGUGUUAUGUAACGUGGUCUAUAACAGCAGCUGGGCCCAAGAGAGAUUCAGCGCACUCAGACUGAUUAAUGGACUGAUAGAGCUGCUGUCUGCUGGAAUCAGCUCUUCGUCUCCCUCCAGUGUUCAAUUUUAUGAACUGCGCCUCAUGUUUCUGAUGACUGCUUUACGGCCAGAGCUCGGCAAACAUCUUCAACAGGCAGGUGGAGUGUCUAUCUUCACAGCUGCUCUGGAGAGCUGCCUGGAGGUGCAGUGGAAUAAUCAAUACCAGUGCAUACUGGACACUGUGGCUCCUCCCAUCUCCCUGGACACCUCACAGCGCAUCGUUGAGAUUCUUAAAAUUCUUUUCAACAUCACGUUCAGCACCCACCGUCAGGAGCCUACAGAAGAAGCUGCAGCUCAGUACAGACACCUGGUGGCAAUUCUCCAUCUCUGCCUCAUGAGGAAGUGUGUACUGGCAGAUGACACUGAUGAACUGCAGGGUCACACAGUGAAUUUGCUGUCAGCGCUGCCUCUGCAGUGUCUUGAUGUGCUCCUCAAUGUGCCCCUGACCCCAUGCUCAGAGCAGUUCAAUGGAGUUAACAUGGACAGUGUGCACAAGCUGCUGCUGUUUAUGGAACGACGACUGGAGCAGGGUGACAAAGUCAAGGAGAAGCUGACCCCCAUCCUCAACCUGCUGACAGAGAGUUGCAGAGCUCACAGGGAAACCAGGAAGUACCUACGAAACCAGAUUCUGCCUCCACUCAGAGAUGUGUCCCAAAGACCAGAGGAGGGGUCAACAGUUAAAAGUCGCAUUGUCCGUCUCAUGACUCACCUGGACACAGACCUGAAACACUGUGCGGCUGACCUCAUCUUUGUCCUCUGCAAAGAAAAUGUACGACGCUUUGUGAAAUACACAGGCUAUGGUAAUGCGGCAGGGCUUUUGGCCACCAGGGGGCUGCUGGGGGGCCAGAAUAUUCAGAGCAUUAGUGUGCAGUACUCAAGUGACUCUGACUCAGACACAGAGGAGUACCGACAACAGAAGGACCGCAUCAACCCAGUGACAGGGCGAGUGGAGGCUCUGCAGCCAGACCCUAUGGAGGGCAUGUCCGAAGACGAGAAAGAGGAAGAGGCCAGGAGGCUCAUCAAGCUCUUCAGCAAGCUCUCCAGAGAAGACAUUAUCCAGCCAAUGGGGGUGGAUUCACAAGGGCGACUUGUUCCCAUGGCAGGACUCAAAGAGAACAUCACAGACGAAGGACACUCUGACUCAGAUUUUGAUGAGGAAAAGUAAAAUUUAUUUGUAAAC